CUGUCUAAAAAUGCAUCAUGUGUUUGUUUAGGCAAAAUAUCAAGCAUUAAUCUCAUGUAUCUGAUCUAUUAAAUCUAAAAGGUUUCAUAUUGUUAAAAGGCAGAUGCUAUUUGCACCUCUGUGUAUACAGCAACAACAUAUUAUGUACAUUCUGCUUUGUAUUCUACACGUUUAGCACGAUGGCAUAAAUAGCCAUAUACCCACUGGUGCAUGGAUUCCUUUUUGCACCCCACCUAGGCGAUAAUGGUGUUUUGUACCGCAUGGCAAAUUGUGUUCAUGCACUAUUUAAGUUGUAUUUUCUCCGAGACGUCCACUAGUAAAGGAUAAAUAUAACAACAAUCAGUUCUUUCAUAAUGCAAACUAUUACCUGUGGCAAGUUAUGGUAUCACCUUUGUUUUUAUUGUUUAAUGGCAGAAAGAAAGAAAGAAAGAAAGAAAGAAAGAAAGAAAGAAAGAAAGAAAGAAAGAAAGAAAGAAAGAAAGAAAGAAAGAAAGAAAGAAAAAAAGAAAGAAAGCAUCCAUUAAACACCACCAGAUGGCGCUGUUCACCAAGAAAACAAUCACAUGUCACUUUGUUGGUUGAAUUGGUACCAUUUUUAAUAAACGCUGUUCUGACUGUUUAAACAGAACAUCGAUUUUUAUUAUUUUAAAAUGUUUUUAAAACGCUUUUGCGAAGUUCAGUAAGUAACAUUUUAAUUAAAAUUAAAUACCGAAAAGCCCCAUCACAGAUUGCCCAAAUACAACUGACAAGGACUAAAAGAUUCUUACAAACAGUAAAUAAACGAAUAAAUAAAUAAACAAAACAAACAGUUGUUAGAGUUUUCUGCGCGUGCCCUUCCCCCUCCUCGAACCCCGGAGAUGCGCCGAGGCAGGAAUGCACUGAGUGACGUCACGUGGGUCUGGAUCGCACACUUUUGGGGGAUCGUUCGUUGCGUUAAGCUUGCCUACAAAAACUAAACUUUGUGUAACGUCUACUUUGGACCGCGGAGGUGAAUGUGACUCUCGGAUGAACCGGGUUUAACGCGAUUCUGCGUGGAUUCCACGCAAAUAACUUUUUGCAGAUAGUGUGCCGUGCAAACUGGGACACGCGCCCUUGUUUCCAUAGAAACGCGCAGGACGCUCUCUCUGACACGGCAGCGGUGGCGCGCGCCGCUCUGAUCAAACAUCAAUACUUCACAAAAACCGCAAGAUGGUAAGACGACCACCACGAAUCAACAACAUAAGCCGUUUCACGACAACGUCUACUACCCGUACCCCACCGAUCCCCCGGGAACCCAUUCCUCAGCAGGGAUCCCGUCUCUCCUGAGCUCUCCUCAGAGUCAGCCCUCCUCCGGCAGCCAGAACAGACCGGCCAUGUCUGGACCCCUCACCUCAUCUGGAGUCGGCACCGCCGUCCCCCCGCCCUUCAAGUUCCGAGCUCGGCGCGAGAGCGUGGACUGGCGCCGCUUCAACGCCGUUGAUGUGGACCGGGUGGCUUGCGAAAUGGACUUCGACGCUUUGCAGGAGCACAUCACGGCGGUGACGUUCUGUAACGUGGAGGGCGAGCGUUGCCCCCGCUGUCAGAGCCCCGUGGACCCGGCUCUGAUCAAGCUCUUCCGGCUGGCUCAGCUCACGGUUGAAUACCUGCUUCACUCCCAGGACUGUCUCAGCAUCAGCCUGCAGGCGGCCGAGGAGAGGCUGGUGGCGGAGGCCAGGGAGAGGGAGCAGCUCUGCGUCCAGCUGCAGAAAAAAACCCAGGAUGCAAAACACUUAAAGGAGGAGCUGAAGCAGAGGAAGAAGAUCAUCGCCUCUCAGCAAGCCAUGUUUAACGCGGGGAUGAGCGCCAACUACCACAAGUGCCAACAUUGUGAGAAAGCCUUCAUGAACGCCUCCUUCCUGCAGAGUCACGUGCGACGCAGACAUUCAACGGAGUUUGACAUCAAGCUAAUGACGGACAACCAAAAAAAGAUCCAGACCAUGAAGUUACAAGAUGAGAUCAACAAACUUCAAGAGCAGUUGACGCUGGUCACGUCACAAAUGGAGACACAGCAGAAGGACUACACUGCUAAACAGGAGAAAGAGCUCAUUCAGAGACAGGAGGAGUUUAACAGACAGUUGGAAAUCUGGAAAGAAGAUGAAUACAUACGAAUGAACAGCAAAAUAGAUGAAGUCAAGCAAGCGUGUCAGCGCGACAUGGACUCAAUGCACCAGAGGAACAGGAACCUAGAAAACGAGCUGCUAAAAUUGAAACGGAUAAAUAAACAGGAAAUCGCAGCGACAGUACAGACACAGUCUGGUUCGCCGGCCAGCAAUGAACACUGGCAGGAGUUUGUUAAACUUCAGCAGAAACUCCACAAACAGGAAGUGAAGUGGUCGGACAAAAUUCACAAACAGAAGGAGCAACAUGACAGCGAGAAGAAUCUGCUUCAGGAGGAGCUGUCAAACCUGCGGCGUGUGGUGUCAGAAGGGAGAGAGGAGACCAGACGUCAGGUGCAGGACUUGAGUCACAGGCUUCAGGAGCAGCAGCAGAUUAUUACUUCACAGAAUAAGCAGAUGAAACAGAUCUCAUCGAGGCCUCCAACAGUAUUAGUUCAACGUGACGUGGUUGCUGUCCCGGCUCCAGAGACAAAAGCUAAAGUGAUGCUCAGUGAGCAGUUCAACUCGGUUCAUACGUUGGAUCCUAUAGUGGAGCUGUCUGAGGAAGAUAAAGAAUCCUCAAGCAUCUCCGAAAGUCAUCCAGAGAGCCACUCGUGGAGGCAGCAGGUGGAGGAACUGUUGAAGAACCCGGGCUUGAGGAGAGACAUGCGUGCGGCUGCCCAGCAGAACCUCCAGGACAGACUGAUGAACUUAGGCAUCAAGGGGGUCACAGGUCUCUCUAAAGGGGCGUAUAAGAGCGCCAUGGCCCAGAUAACCUCAGACCGUCAGAAUAAAGAAGAAGAGGAUCCAGCGUAUCGGAGGGCACAGAAAGAGAUCAGCCGUAAACUGGAACAGAGGUUGAAGGAGAGGAACACAGAGGAACCAGCCAAACCCAAACAACUAGAGCAAGCGGUUCAAUCUAGACCCAGAUCCAGCAGUUUUCCAUCUACGGUAACUCAUGUGAUGUCAGGUCCUGCUCCCAAACAGCCCCAAACCCCACAGCCGACUCCACGCAGCCGGACCAGCACCCUGCCCCUACAACAACACAACAGAACGCCUCCGUUCAGCUCUGACGAAGAGACGUCUGAGGAAGAGGAGGAAUCUGAGGAAGAAGCCCCUCAAACACCGAAGAAAGCUCCCCUGGUUAACCGAACCACCGUGAAAGCACAAAUGCCCAAAACACAUCUGUCCUCGACCCCACGCACGACCACUCCCGCAGACAGAACAGCUGUGACCGCACUGAGCAAGAGCGACAGCGAGUGGACGGACGGCAGCGAGAUGGAUGAGAUCAACGUCUCGCAGCUGCACAAACGCACGGACCAGAAUGGAAACGUGGAGAAGACUUCUUAUAGUAAUGUCAAAGCUCUAGGCAAAAGCCUGGAAGCGCGAGGCCCAAAGGAACCAGCAGGGGGCGUAAAUGCAUUCCAAGAGAGGCCAACGGUUGUCAAAAACAUAAAGCACGAUGAAAAGAAAGAUCUGAAGUACACAGAUGAAGAUGAUGAUGACGACUGGGAUAUCUCCUCUCUGGAGGACGUGCCUGCUGUAUCCCAACCCAACCGUAGCCCCGCCCCCAUCAGGAGGAGCCUGGACAAGAGUCUGGACACCAGCACCAGCGUAUGGGGGUCAUCCGCACCUAAAGGACAGAAAGCAGGCCUUACAGACGCUGGAACCGGCAGCACUCUGAAGAGCAGUUUAGUGACUGUCAGUGACUGGGACGAUUCAGAUGAAAUAUAACAUCCAAUGAUACCAAAACAUCCACAAACCAGCACACCUUAUCGAACUGAAUAAUUGUAAUAUGUAGUGACCUUGUAUCUCAGGCUUAGUGAUUAUUCAGGGACAGCAGUGCAAACCAGCUUUUUAUAACUACAUUUUGUUUUGUAUUUACGGUGUUAAAAGUGAAAAUGAUCAAGGUACGUGUACACCUGGUACUGAGGAACAGCCAAGGGAGAUUGCACUUUAAAAUGAUGUCUUCUUACUUUUUUGAUAGUUUAGCUAUUAAAUGUUCCUCUGCAAUAAAACUUGACCGUAGCCUCAAAUGACAAAGGACGUUUGUAAUGUAAAAUAUUUUAUGUAUUAAAUUCAUUUU